AUUACGCUAACCUCUACAUGAAGUGUUGGGAGUCUGAACCUGAAAAACGUCCGACGCUGCAUGAAAUUUUAACCGAACUUGAAAGGUUAUCUAAAGAGAUAGAAAUUUUGUCGGUCAUUAAUCAUUCAGUUUAA